UAUAACAUUUUUUCCAGUGACUUAAAUAUUGUAAACAUAGAUACAGUAAACAUAACGUUGGUUCUACAUUAAUUCCAUUGUCAAUUCUCGUAUUGUCUAUAAUGGAUUAUAUGAAUAAAUUUUUACCAUCAACCGUGCCUGCCGAAUUUAAAGAAUCUGUUAAAAAUGUAGAGCGUAAGAUGCAGGAGCAUGCCAGCAAUUACAGGGGCAGAAAACCUUACCAAUGGAGCCUAGAGGAUUUUGAAAUUGGAUCGCCAUUAGGGAGAGGAAAGUUUGGCCGUGUAUAUUUAGCCAGGGAGAAGACCACCCAAUAUAUGGUUGCCCUGAAGACAUUAUAUAAAGUUGAAUUGAUAAAAGGACGUGUGGAAAAACAAGUAAUGCGAGAAAUUGAAAUACAAUCACAUUUAAGGUAUAUAUGGAUACCAUGUAUUGAAAAUGUUAAAUAUUUUCUUCAUAUAAUUAUCAUCUUGUGUCUACCUGUUUUCAGACAUCCAAAUAUUCUUCAACUAUUAACAUACUUUCAUGAUAACAAGAGAAUUUAUUUAGUAUUGGAAUUUGCUGCCAGGGGCGAAUUGUACAAGGAAUUGAAACGUCAACCGAACGAGAGAUUCAGCGAGCAUUUAUCUGCCAAAUAUACCUAUCAAGUAGCCGACGCUUUGGAAUUUUGCCAUAAUAACAGUGUAAUUCACAGAGACAUAAAACCUGAGAAUUUAUUACUUACAUAUAACGGAGAUAUAAAACUCGCAGACUUUGGUUGGUCUGUACACGCACCAUCCGCAAAACGAGACACAUUGUGCGGAACAUUAGAUUAUUUACCACCGGAGAUGGUAAUGGGACAGACUUAUGAUUUCUAUGUUGACCAUUGGUGCUUAGGAAUUCUUUGUUAUGAGUUUCUCACGGGGCAGCCACCUUUCUUAAGCGGUACCACACAAGAAACAUACGCGAAAAUAAAAACUAUAACUAUACAGUGGCCAGAACAGAUUAAACCUGCAGCCAAAGAUCUUAUAUCUAAGCUGAUUAAGAAAAAAAGUUCGGAGCGAAUUUCCUUGGCUGAGGUUAAAAGACAUCCCUGGAUUGUACAACACAAAGAUUUACCUAAAUUGAAAGUUUAAACUAAAAAGGGACAUUAUUUUUUAUCAACUUGACAACACAUAUUUUAUAUUCGAUACUUUUAUUGUAGU